AUGGUGAACUGUUACUUACAGGUUAGACGAAUCUUGUACGGUUUGGGGUUCGACGACACCGCGCAGACGCGCCCUAUCAAGUCGUUCUCUGGAGGGUGGCGUAUGCGUAUCUCCUUAGCCCAGGCGCUAUUUAUAGAACCAGAUCUACUCCUGCUGGACGAACCGACCAAUCAUCUGGACUUAAAUGCCGUGCUGUGGCUGGACAGCUACCUACAGAAGUGGAAGAAAAUGUUGCUGGUAGUGAGUCACGAUCAAGAUUUCCUGGACUCGAUCUGUACCGAUUUCCUCAAUUUGGAGAAUAAGAAACUCAUCAACUACAGGGGGAGUUACUACGACUUCAAGCACAUGCAUGCUGUACGCGAGCGUGACUAUUUACGCGCGUACGAGAAGCAGCAAGAUCAGCUGAAGCUGAUGAAAAGGGCCGGCAUGUCCAAGCAGAAGGCCGAGGCUAAGGUGUCAAAAUCAGCGAUUGAUGAAGAGGAAGAGAAAAUGAAUGACAUGAGUCUCAUUGAGAGACCAAAGGAAUACAAAGUCAUCUUUGACUUCCCCGCACCACCGGAAAUUUCGCCACCUUAUAUCGAGGUGGAUCAAGUGUGGUUCAGGUACAAUGAGAGCAAACCCUUCCUGUUCGAAAAACUGGACUUUGGCGUGGGUCUGGACACGCGCGCGUGUGUUGUAGGUCCCAACGGAAGUGGAAAGUCGACUGUCAUCAAACUGUUGUACGGUGAUCUGACCCCGAGCAAGACCAACAACGAACUCUGA